AUGCAAUUCGGGUUACUCCUAUGGGGCUGGCUUGUGGCCACGGUAUUUGCCGGACUUGAUGUGGACACCCUCCGCAAGGUUGCCAAUUCGGGUGGCAGCGGUGUCAUUGAGCUCACUGACGAAAACUGGGAGCCGGUGCUUGAAGGGCCGCGGGACUACACCGCCAUUCUCAUGAUGACAACGAGACUGACUCAGGUCAAUUGCGUGUUGUGUAACGAGAUGAGACCCUACUACGACGUCAUUUCCCUGUCCUACCGCCUGGAAUUCCCGCUGGGGCUUCCAGAAGACGCUUCUCAACCGGAAGUGUUCUUUUUCGCCGCCGACUUUGUCAACUGCAAGACGUUAUUCCAGAAGUUACAGCUUUCGCUGAUCCCUAAGUUCUACUCGUUACUGGCUCAGGACAAGGCCUCAAACUGGAUGAAGGACAUGGAAGAAUACGCCAUCAUGGGCGAGGACCAACAGCAUGACUUGCACAAGUGGGUGGAGAAGCAACUGGGAGUUGACUUCUCAUUGCACAUCCCUAAGGACUACUCGCAGGUCAUCACCAACGUCGUAUUGGUUGCGGCGGUGACCAUUGCCCUCUACAAAAUCUACAACCGUUAUGGUGCGGUGUGGGCGGCGUCGUGGAUCUGGAGCGGUCUUUCCAUUAUUGCUGUGUUGAUGUUCACCACCGGGUACAUGUUCACCAAGAUUAGAAACGUGCCGUACGUUCGGGAACACUCCCUGGGCCACAAGGAUUACAUCUUGUCGGGCCAAUCGCAAAUGCAAUUGGGUGCUGAAACCCAAAUUGUGUCGCUCAUCUACGGGUUGUUGACGCUUUUGGUGGUGUUGUUGAUCAAGGGUGUCCCCACUGUGACCAACCCUGCGGCCAAUUUGAUUGGUGUCGCCGUGGUGCUGGUGCUCAUCUUUGUGGUGUACAGCAUGUUGUUGUCGGUGUUUGGUAUGAAGGGGUUGGGGUACCCGUACAAGUUUCUCCAAUUGAUUUAG